AUGCGGGCCCCUGGGGUGUGGAAUAGAGAGAUGGUUGAAUUCAUUUUUUGUCCAAGCACGGCCACUCAGAUACUAGCUCUCCCUAUUCCUUUGCAUGGUGGUGAGGACGUCUUGUUCUGGCCAGGUUCGGUUGAUGGAUUUUAUACAGCUAAGUUGGGGUAUGACUUUGUUUCAAGCAUGACAGCAGCAAACACAGCUGGUUCUUCCUCCUCAACCCCUCCACUGGGUAAUAGCCUUUGGAAGAAGCUGUGGAGCAGGUAUGGUUUGCCCCGAUGCAAGGAGUUUUCUUGGCGCAUUUGUCGCAGCUUUGUUCCGGUCCGUUCAGCGCUUGCUCGGCGCGGCAUGGCUGUGGAUUUGAUUUGUCCGCUUUGUGGAAUCGAAGAGGAAACAAUCAAGCAUUUGUGGCUCUGCUGCCCGGCCAGCCGCAGCGUUUUCUUUGCCAUCCCCUUAGCGCUGCGGCUUGAGCGGUUUGUGUCCCUACCAGAUUUCCUUCAUCAGUUCUUGGCUGUUGCAAGUGCGGACGCCAUAGCUGAGUGGCAGACAGCUGCAUAUGUUCUGUGGGAGGCCCGAAACAAGCUUGUCUUUGAGGGUCGGCCUUUCUCUUGCGAUGCGGUGGUGCGGCGCACGCUCCAGCUGGUGCAACGUCCAUCAUCUGCUCAAGUUUCCCGCCAACCGGGUAUAGUAUUGGAGACCGUUUGGCGAAGGCCAGAGGAGGGGAUGAUAAAAGUAAAUGUUGAUGCCUCCUUCAAGUCAGCUACAGAUUCUGGUUCAGGUUUGAUAGCGCGGGAUUCCGAGGGCCAAGUUUUGGCAGCAGCAGCAAGCUACCCGGUGGUGGCUUCCUCGCCGGUGUUGGCUGAGGCUUGGGCUCUUAGGUGGGCUAUUAUCUUGGCUUUGGAGCUUGGUUUUCGCAGGGUAUGUUUUGAAACGGAUUGUCUACUAUUGUUUCAACGAUGGCAGAAGCCUCCGGAUGGCGUUUCUUAUCUUAUGUCUAUUCUUAGGGAGUGUUUAUCCUUUCGUCGUUUUUUUGAUGUAAUGACUUUAUCCUUUGUUCGUCGUUCUGGCAACUCAGUUGCGGAUUUGCUUGCUAGGAGGGCCUCUACUUAUGCCGGUUUGGUUUGGGUAGAGGAAGUUCCGUCCGAAGCUUUACCUUUUGUUUCUGCGGAUUAUUUGGCGUUUAUGCCGGUCCAAGUUUAA